AUGGAGGAGAACGCAUUCCUGAGCGACUUCUUCGGCUGCGUCGGUUUUCUUCCGCUAACAACCACGAGUCACAUUCGCGAGACGAUGGUGAAGAUCAUGACACCGCCCUCAUCUCUACAGCAGUCAGCGGUUGGGGCCGACGAAAGGUCCGUUGACACAAACGCACCAGGGGCGAACUUGAUUAAGGCCUCUGAACGCAAUCAGCUUCCUAUGGACCCGUCGACAUGCACGUUCUGGUGUGCAAUUGCGCUGGGGGCGCUUGCGAAGGGCAGUCCUAUCGAGUCGACCUCCCUGCCUCGCCCGGCGCUUUCCGAAAGGUGUCAAAGUACUCUGCACUGGCACAGGAAUCUUUGGCUUCAAGAGACUCCGGUCAGGCAGACGUGGAGGUCGCGAAGAUUUGGAGAAUUCAGAAUAUGGCUGAAACCGACAUGCAUCCUACUUCUGCGUCCAUACGCUGACCAGGGCUUCGCCGAGAUCGUCAAGCACAAAUAUUCCCCCUUCUCUUCCUCUGGACAUCAGGGGCAGAUGAAGUCGUAUAGGUCCAAAGAGGAAGCUACCCCGCCGCAGUUGAAGGAAGCUGCCACGGAGGUCGAGCUAUAUCAAUACGUCGCUCAGUCGUGCAGAGCGUAUGAGCAAAUUCUCUACCAAAUAGCGAGCAACCGAAUCGUGACGACGUGCAAAAACGUGUGCGACGAAGAGUUUGAUCGCGGAUCAGACACAGUCUUCCGGUCCGACUACGUUUUUCAGCCUCAGGAGGUUUCGGACGCUAUUGAAACGUGUUCGGAAAGAGUGAGUGGUGUCAGCUUUGAGCCACUUGAAGAAGCAGUAGAUCGACCAAGCGUUCGUGGAGGUUUCGGCGGCCUGCUCAUCAACCUAUGCCACCUGGCCCACAUGGUGCUGGUAUCUCUCGCCGCGAUUGGUGGCUCGAGAGCUCAAGCGAUGUAUGACAGGUUGCGGGGGUCCUACAAUGCGCUUCGCCCUUCUGGCUGGCGGCCCGUACCCCCUUUGGAGGAGUGGAACGGAGUGGGUGCGUUCUGUGACGACUCCUACUGCAGGGCGAUGGACCUCGUUGCAAGCAAACUGGAGGCUUUCUCGGCACCACCCGUUCAUAGCAUCGACACCUGCGUGGAAACCAAGGGCACGGACAAUGACAAGGGCGAGACCGUUGUCCAAGGAGGCUGGCAGACCCAGAGCACCAUGUUGUCAGAAUGCAACGUUCCCGACAAGAUUAUUUACACAACACCUGAUUGGCCGACUGAGAGCGAGAGUGAAUGCUGUAUCGGCUCCACUCAGGCGUCCGCAGCACCGAUUGGUUCUCCAGUAUCCUCAGCCUACACGCGGUGCGGUUUGAAGACGGUUCUUCACUCCGACCGCGUUGAAAGUAAGGUUGACAGCGUGGGCAUCGCUCCCGAGAGGUUGUCAAAGUUGCCAGAAAUAUGUGACGGGGGCGGGGUGGUGGAGGAUGUGGAGGAAGACAACAUUGGCGCAGAGAAUUGGUUGGAUGUGACGCAUGGCAUGUUAGAUGAACUCUGAACCAAGUGACACUAGCAUCCUCGCGGAAGCCAACUGGCUUGCAAGCUCUGGGUAGCGCAAAGGGAAUCAAAACCAGAGAGGGAUUCUCGGCUGUUUCUUGAAC